AUGCCGCGUCGACCGGCCGCCAUCCAGGAGGCAAGACCUACCGUGCGACUCAAGAAUGAAGACGGCACAUACAAAGAAACACAAGAAGUGAUCGACUUUGAAGCCAGUGGCGGAAGCCUGAGCGACCUUUUGGAUGACGAAAAGUACAUUUGUUCAAACAGACGGAGGAAGACCAAAUACUCCUGGUCUGCAUUUUCAUCUCCAGGGACAGGCUUCACUAUAAACAGUACGAUACUGAAAGACAGUUUCUUGUGGAAUCCCGGACCUCCCAACGCGAGACCCCCAACGGUGCCAUUCAGCUCUAGGACCCCGACACGUCUUCAAAAGGUAUUCAAUCUCGUCGCAAGGGCGUGCAAAAUUGAGGGAGGCGAAAUCGGAGAUAUCACUAGGGAAUUUCGAGACGAUUUGGGAAUGUCCUCUUCAGAUACAACUGUCGAAAGUGAUAUCAAGGGUCUGUAUGUCGGCAUCUCUGCUUCUGAGUGUCUGCCAGUUGUUUUGUUCAAGGGAGCCUCCAAAAACACCGUUGGCCGAGAUGAUUUCUCAUUGGGUGUCGAUUGGGACGGUAACUUGGGUGAUAGAGAAAUCAUCUGGCUGCAAAACAUGCUGAUCCCGGGAAACAUUCAGUAUCUCAAAUCCGCAAUCGAUAAUAAAAUCACUGAUCAGGAGAAGAAGCAGUUUCUUCAGAUCAUGAAGCGAGAAAACAGACUUUUGGAAACUGGCCUGAACCCUGCUGGUGUCGCAGACACUCCCUUCCAACGAGUCCGCAGUGCGGAAGCCUUGGACAUGUCGACCUAUCCACGAGGGCCCAGACUACGACACCCUGCAUUUCAAAUUGCGGUGGCCUCCAAUGGCUGCAUUGGAGUUUCCUUCCGAAAUGAUCGACGCAAUGGAGGCUUUCUUGUCCCAACACCCCCACGACAAUGUGCCAUUGAACAUUGCACUGGCUGCAACGAUUAUCUAUAUUGA